AUGCAAGCUCUUAUUUUAAAGCUAAUUAUUAUAGUUUCUAUUCCAAUCAUUAUAGGUGUUGGAAUAGUAUUAACUGUAUUCUAUAAGCAGCUAUGGAUUGCACUCGAUGAGUGGGAAAGGGACAGUAGUGUAUGGAUAAAUCAGACACAAUAUAAAAUCCUAUACAAUUCUGUACUAUCACAAUAACUUCUAGAAUAGUACAGCUUUAACUAACUCUAAUUACAUAUGGUGGUUAUGAAAAGUUUACUCUCAAAAUAUUAAUAAUCUAUCAUCAUAUAAAAUCCUGCAGCUAAUUUUACAGUUUGUUCAUAUAAAGAAUUGAUAUUCAAUUAAUGUGCUUAAAAUGUUUAUGACUAAUUAAACUAAAAUAUGUUCUAUGCAGAUAUGUAUUUUAUAAGAUCUAAUUUUUCAUUUAACAUCCUUACUCCUCAACAAUAAUAUUUCAUUGAAAUGAAUGAUAGAGUUUCUUUUUAUGCAAGGGCAUCUUUUCUAGCAACUCAAAAUGAAGGACUUAUCUAAAUGAUAUACUUUUAUAAUUCAGAUACAUCAUCUAUUUUGUAUGGCGUACCUUCAGGGUUUUACAACUAUACAGAUUCUGAUUAUGAAUCCUGCAUGGGAAGCGGUUUCAUAGAACCAUACGACCCAAGAUGUAGACCUUGGUACACCUACGCUUAGUAAAAUCAAGAUAAUAAAAAAACUACUAAAAUAAUAAAGAGUAAAAUUAAAUAUUAAGGAUUCUUCAUUUAUGAGCCUUAUCUCGAUGCUGUAGUAGGUAAUUUACUGAUGACUCUUUCUAGUUAAGUUGAUUAUAAAAACGAGUUUUAUUCAGUAGAUAGUAUUGAUUUCCAAUUUUAAAACAUAGUUUAAUUAUUUAAUUCAGCUUUAAGUGAGAACGCAUAUUCAGUACUAAUUCAUGAGUUCAAUCAAACAGUAUUUUAUCAUCCUAUGCUAUUAUUCUAUCAGGUUCUGUCUUGGGCAGAUGUAGAAUUUAUUAAUAUAAAUUAAUACUGCAGCGAUUCUGUAGAAUUAAUAUCAAUUUAACUUAGAUUAACUGUAUUAAAGAUGGGAAAGAUUUGGAUAAAAACUGAUAAGCAUAAUUUUCCCUAUCAAGAGCUAGAUAAAAGGAUUUAAUAACCAAUAGCCAUAUUCUUACGCUAUAUUAAUGACCGCAAGAGUAAUAACAGAUAAAAGCGAUGA